AUGCUGGCAAUGGCUCAACAGCAUGUAUAUGGAAAUAUGUUCACAGGAGAGGGGUUUUCGCCGAAAGAUGUCGAUGUUCGCGUCUUGACAGUUUCGAAAGAUGACAAUUCGUUCGUCGUCUACUCAAGUGUGGUACCCACAGCAUUUCUAACCAUGUUCCACGAGCCCGGAAAAUCGCCACGAGGAAAUGCAAAAGUUACAAUUAACUAUCAACAUGUCCCAAUAUGGCCUGUUUUAGGUCUCAAAGAACGUCUAGGACAGGCUCUUGGCAGAGAUCUCAUUGGCGAAUUCGAUGUAGAUCGAAUAGAAACCUUUGAGGAUGAGCUGGCAUCCAAUUUAGAAGGAGGUAAAAGUGACAGCUUUGAUGAAAAGUUACAAGCUGUGCUUCGGAAAUUCAACAAGGAAGACGAGUCGACGUCCAAUACAGCCCAGAUAACACCCUCGCCUAAGCGCAAAAGAAAAAUCUUCUCGGAAGUCUUUAACGGAAGCUUCUCUGAGGAUUACGAAUCCUCCAGCUAUCCAAGUGAGUUACUGGCGAAGCGCAGGCGUUUAGAAGGUAGGGUUGGCGUCGUCCAAUAA